UAUAUCCCCCCCCCUUGACACCGUUGCAGCGCCAUCAGCAUGGCAAGCGGCAAGCCGUCUGUAGACCCUAAGAUGGCAACAGGUGAGAGUCGGGCAAAAAAGAGCGCACCUGAAAUUGUCUUUCAGACCUUCCACCUGAACGGUCUGCCGGACCGCGGCCGUGAGGGCUGGGCCUCCGUCAAGGUCUCCUCGCCGCACUUCGCCGUCAGUGACUCGCCGGUGCUCUUCGAGGAAGGAGCAGAGGAGCCGGCAGGCAGAGAGGUGCGCGAGCUUCAGCAUGUGGUGCAUGCUGCCGCUGAAGUGCAGCGCGCCACGCUUGGGGGACAAGCCGCAUCGGUGACUUUCAUUAGCAAAAGUCGAUCAUCAUCGAAGAAGAACAACGAUGUGAUCUCUCUACUAAGAAAAGGCUGAUGUCCUUCGCCGCAAAGCCGCGAAGCGGCGAGUAGCGGCGGCCAGGGGUCAUGAUAGCAGCAGCUUUUCGUGAAGCGAAAAUUGAUGGAUCCAGCAUGUCCAGGCGCGCAGUCAAGAUGUUUCGGAGAUGUCCGGAUUGGUAUACCCUCU